AUGGCUUCUAGCUUCAAGAAGUCAAACGUGGCCUCCACCAGCCAGAAAAGAAAGGUGGAGCCUAAGCCCGAGCUCACUGAAGAUCAGAAGCAAGAAGUUCGCGAAGCGUUUGACCUCUUCGAUGCCGACGGCAGCGGCACCAUCGACGUGAAGGAGCUGAAGGUGGCCAUGAGGGCGCUGGGCUUUGAACCCAGGAAGGAGGAAAUGAAGAGGAUGGUCGCCGAGGUGGACAAGGAAGGCACAGGGAAAGUCAGCUUCAAUGACUUCUUGGCCGUGAUGACUCAGAAGAUGGCCGAGAAAGACACCAAGGAAGAAAUCCUGAAGGCUUUCAGGCUCUUUGAUGAUGAUGAAACCGGGAAGAUCUCUUUCCAAAACCUAAAGCGCGUGGCCACCGAGUUGGGGGAAAACCUCACUGACGAGGAGCUGCAGGAAAUGAUUGACGAAGCAGAUCAGGAUGGAGACGGUGAAGUGAACGAGGAAGAGUUUCUUCGGAUCAUGAAAAAGACCAGCCUCUAUUAA